AAACUAUAAAAUGGGCACUGAAACAGGUGCAUAAUUACAUUCACCUCCUGGUCAAAGAUGGAUCUGCAAAUCUCAGUUUUUCUUCUCUUCAUUCUUUGCACUGCAGGACACUCUCUGAGCUGUUAUGAGUGUAAGGGUCUGAAUGGUUCUUGUGCAGAUCAAAAGGUACAAACAUGUCAUAGUGGAUAUUCUCGGUGCAUGAGUUCAACAGGAGUAACAAAAUUUGGUGACACUAAUAUUAAAGUGAAGACUAAAGAUUGUGCUUUUGCCUGUCAAAGUGGGUCCAUGAACUUAGGAUAUAUAAAAACAACUACUUCCUGCUGUGACACAGAUGAGUGUAAUCUCCAAGAUGCUGCAGAUCCCUCUAACAUCCCCAAUGGAAGGACAUGUUACUACUGUGAUAUUCAGAGCUGCUCAAACAAAUUGAUCUGUACAGGGGACGAAGACCUCUGCGUUCAAAUAACAUCAACUAUUGGAGGCCAGUCAACGGUGCUAAAAGGCUGUGCCUCUAAAUCACUUUGUGAUGGCAUAGAAUAUGAUCUUGGUGUUGCGAGCAUCUCAUGUUGUGAGGGGAACCUGUGUAACAGUGCUCAGAGAGUCGACCAGAAAUCUGAGCUUUAGAACAAUUCACUGGUGAGUCAAUUGUGCCGUGGAUAACCUACUGAAGGAGACAGUUGUGUACUUUUACAUGAGAGAAGGCAUACGUCGCCACCACAGACGCGUGACACCAACGUCUGAGAAGUACGUCGCCACCACAAAAAAUGAAUCUUACUCUCGUAUUUAUAUAUAUAUAUAUAUAUAUAU